AUGACUGAAGCUGUAAACAAGGAGGAAGCUCCGGGCAUCAGACCCGAACCGCGACUGCCACUGCAUGCUUUCCCUCCGCCCAUGAUCAUAGCUCCGCAGAAACAGCCGCACCGCCACACCAUCAUCCUCUUGCACGGCCGAGGUUCCAGUGCCCGAAUCUUCGCACCAGCGCUUCUGUCCGUCCUUCUGGACAAUCCAAUCGCACCGCCAGGCCGGAAAACCUUCCAAGAUCUUCUCCCGCACGCGCGCUUCGUAUUUCCAACUGCACCGCGGUCGCGGGCAACCGUAUACAGACGGUCCAUUAUUAACCAAUGGUACGACGGGAGCGGCGACUGGGAGGAGACACUGUUGGGCAACGCAAGAGAGACGGUUCUGUUCAUACAUUCUCUGAUAGAAGACGAAGCUGUCCAGGUGGGUGGGACGGACAGAGUAGUGCUUGGCGGCUUCAGUCAAGGUUGCGCUGCUGCACUUCUUUGCCUCUUGCUGUGGCGAAGCAAGCCAAUUGGCGGCUUACUGGGUAUGUGCGGAAUGUUACCCAUGGCUGGCGUGAUGAGCGAGGUCAUGAUGGAAAGAAGCCGUCAAGUGGAUGAAAGACACCAGAACCCGCCAGAAUACUCCGAUGACGAUCUCUUCGAGCACCCUCAUGACCACUCAACCACCAGCUGGGAUGGGGUUCAAGCCAAACACAAUCCAGUGGAGCAAGCAUUGCGCCUCCUCGGAGAAGAAAUUGGCCUCUCGGUUCCAAAGCUGGCGACGCGUCUAUCACUCCAAGAGACACCCGUUUUUCUUGGUCAUGGAACUGCGGAUGACAAUGUUUCAUUACAGGACGGUCAAGAGGCAUCAAGAGUCUUACAGACCAUGGGCUUUGAUAUCGACUUUAAGACCUAUGAUGGUCUAGGUCAUUGCUAUUCAAAGGACAUGCUGAAAGAUAUGAUUGAAUUCCUCAGAAACAGAGCACCAGGCUCAUAA